GGGGACGCCAGCGGGCGGGAGGUUUGCAUUUUGCAGGGCUGGGCUCCGAGGGGGCGGGGGCUGGAGGAAGCGGAAAGCCGUGCGAGCCGCCUGGGAAAUCUCCGUGAACCAUGUUGAGCCCUGCCAACCGGGAGCAGAUCCACCUGGUGAACUAUGUGGAGAACUACCUGGACUCCAUCGAGUCUCUGCCUCUCGACCUGCAGAGAAACGUAUCGCUGAUGCGGGAGGUGGACGCGAAAUACCAAGAAAUCCUGAAGGAGCUAGAUGAGUAUGACGAGAAGUUUAAGCGGGAGACGGACAGCAACCAGAAGAGGAGAGCGUUGCACUGCAUUCAGAGAGCCCUGAUCCGCAGCCAGGAGCUGGGCGACGAGAAGAUCCAGAUUGUGAGUCAGAUGGUGGAGCUGGUGGAGAACAGCACCAGGCAGGUGGACAGUCACGUGGGACUCCUUGAGGCACACCUAGAGGUCAACGACACCACUGGCCACAGUGGCAACGCCGGCCAGGACAAGUCCAAGAACGAGACAAUCACACAGGCAGAAAAGCCCAGUACCAAGAGGUCUCGGAGUCAGAGCAACGAUGAAAAUCGGGAGAAUGCAGCCAAUAAUCACGACCGUGAUGACAUCACCUCAGGAACGCCUAAGAAGAAGAAAGCAAAGACCUCCAAGAAGAAGAAACGCCCCGAGGCCAAAGCAGAGAGGGAAGCAUCCCCUGCAGACCUUCCCAUCGACCCGAACGAGCCCACGUACUGUCUGUGCAAUCAGGUCUCCUAUGGAGAAAUGAUCGGCUGUGACAAUGACGAGUGCCCCAUCGAGUGGUUCCACUUCUCCUGUGUAGGACUGAAUCAUAAACCAAAGGGCAAGUGGUACUGUCCCAAGUGUCGAGGGGAGAAGGAGAAAACCAUGGACAAAGCCCUGGAGAAAUCCAAAAAGGAGAGGGCUUAUAACAGGUAGUUGG